AUAAGCGCUGUCGUCAACGCAGGGUUAAGUAAAAAAAGGCGCGCUUUGAUUCGUUAAGCGAGACGAAAAUGGAGGCAAUUCCUGUUCUCUGAAGAUAUUUUAUCUCUCUCUCUUUUUUAAUUUUCUAACCUCAUCCCUCUCUCCUUUUCUCUCUCUUUCUUUUGUUGUUAUAAACAAGUAUAAAUCCAUCACUUUCCCUCUCAUCCUCACUUCGCUGCCUCUGCUCGCUGCAGAAAGCGUCCAAUUCCUUUUCAUUUCGUCCCUCUUUUGCCCUAAAAAUAAUUCAUACUCGUCGCGUUCCAUCGGUCGUUUUUUCUCCAUUGCUCCUUCCAUUGAUGUUGAUUUUAGCUGAGUGAUUGAGGGAUUAACUUUUAUCGUGCUCAGCAUCGACGAUCCAUUCAAUUCUGGAUCUUUGACUUGACGAAGCUGAACUUAACUAUACCGUUGAAGGAGAUAUUGUUAAAUUUGUUGCUUGUUUUGGUUGUUUUUCUUUUUGAUCGGGUCAACAGAGUUUGCUGGGAGGGGUUUAACCGACGAUCUCUGUCUGUAAAGGCUUCAGAUCGCUCUCUUUCAGUGAGUACUUUCAAUUCCAUUAUGUUGGAAUGAUAUUUGCAGCUCCUUACUGUAACAAUUGUCCUUGUUGCGUUGAAAGGGUUUGGAGCUGGUGAGAUCUUGAUAGAGGCAAUCCGAAGAAAAACAGUUGGAAUUUCCAACCUUUUUUUUUUGUUCUAUUCAUUCCUUUUUUUUUUUAAAGUAAAUUCAUUCGAUCUUCCGCUCUCUCUUGUUCCUCAACUGAUUGCGACCGCUUUUCAUUUAAAAAGAAGAGCGUCCGAUCUAGAGCUUUACCGAUGGCUUUCUUCGGCGGCACGCAGCAGAAGUGUAAGGCUUGUGAGAAGACUGUUUACGUGGUCGAUCAGCUGUCUGCUGAUGGAGUCACUUAUCACAAGUCCUGCUUCAAGUGCAGUCACUGCAAAGGUACUCUGAAGCUAAGCAACUAUUCCUCAAUGGAAGGUGUUCUGUACUGCAAACCUCAUUUUGAGCAGCUCUUCAAGGAGACUGGUAGUUUCAAGAAGAAUUUUCAGUCACCUGCAAAGUCGGCUGAGAAGUUAACUCCAGAACUGACUAGGUCGCCUAGUAAAGCUGCUAGCAUGUUUUCUGGUACACAAGAAAAAUGUGCAACUUGUGGCAAAACUGCUUAUCCUCUGGAGAAGGUAACAGUGGAGAGCCAGGCCUACCAUAAGUCCUGCUUCAAGUGUUCCCAUGGUGGCUGCCCAAUUACCCCAUCAAACUAUGCUGCUCUGGAAGGCAUUCUUUACUGUAAGCACCAUUUCUCCCAACUUUUCAAGGAGAAAGGGAGCUACAACCAUCUAAUCAAGUGUGCAUCCAUCAAGCGCCCAGCCGCCUCUGUUCCAGAUGCUCGACCCUGAUACCCUAAUUUAUAUACAGAAGAUUAUGUUGUCCUUGUCCAACACGGUUUCCGUGUUUGAUGGAGUCCAUUACCCGUCAGGGUAUGAUUUCUCUUGAUGUCUGUUUGAUUUUCUUUUCUGGGAACUGGCAAACUUGAUUCUCUUCGUUUUCUUUCCGCCGAUCUUUGUGAGCAUUGUUGUGCAUUGGAUUCAUGAGAUGUGAAUUUGCAGUGCGUACCUGCAAAUGCCAUCAUCAUUAUAUCAAGUAUAAUUAGAGUUUUGGCUUGUUGUUUCAUCCUUGUUAUUGAUUUGAUGCGAGAGAGCUUGUCUGAAGACAUGGAGGUGUUGCUUCACAGAAGCUAGCGUGGAAUAGUUAAAAGAUGAUAUUUUCAGGUC